AUGUUUCGGUUUUCUCGCAAUGCCAUAACCCGGGCGUGUAGUCUCUCCAUUCGUCGGCCGGAGGUGAUCCGUCAUCGUAGGUACGCCUCGCAGGCGAUCAACCAGAUGCUGCAGCUGCAGCAGAUGGAAAUCUGCGCGGAUCCUCCGUCGCGUGGCUUGGUCGUUGGAGUCUACGCCGACGAGGAGGACAAGAACGACGCUGGCAUCCUGACGCCAACCGGCUGGAGGUACAAUGUGCAGAAGACGCACGGUCGGUUGCUGGAAGUGCUGCGAAUGUCCGGACCUAUGCCCAAAAGGGGAGAGACCCGCCUCCUGUUCGCCGUGGAGCCGGAGCGGGUGCCCUACUAUUCGGCGGUGGCGGUUAUCGGUUUGGGCAAGGAAUGCCUGGGCUAUAACCCAUACGAGGUGCUCGACGAGCAGAAGGAGGCCAUCCGACGGUCGGUAGCGGAUGCCUGCCGAAUACUUGCUGAACUGGACACCGACCGCAUCGAGGUGGAGAACUGCGGACACGCCGAAUCUGCCGCGGAGGGAGCAGCUCUCGGGAUCUGGAUUUACCAGGAGCUUCGCGAUCCCAAGCGGCGGAUCUCAGUGCCUUCCAUCGAUCUGUAUGCCACUAAGGAUGAGAUUUGUGACAUAGAAGGAUGGCGCAUCGGCCUGCAAAAGGCUGCCGCCCAGAACUUGACCCGCCAGCUGCAGGAAAUGCCAUCAAACCUUCUGACCCCCACUGCUUUUGCCCAGAAUGUCGUCGAGGUGCUCUGUAAAUCCGGUGUCAACGUGGAGGUCAAAGUUGAGGGUUGGGCUGAGAGCCAGUCAAUGCACGCCUUCCUGGCGGUGGGAAAGGCCUCUUGCGAACCACCAAUAUUUUUGGAGCUGAGCUACUAUGGCACCUGUGCCGAGGAGAGACCCAUCGUCCUGGUUGGGCAGGGUGUGACUUACGAUGCAGGUGGUUUGUGCUUAAAGGAGAAGCAGGAACUUUUCCACAUGCGCGGAGAUAUGACUGGAGCGGCCGUAGUGGUGGCCACUUGUCGUGCUGUCGCUGGCCUGAGGUUACCGGUCAAUAUCCGUGGACUAAUCCCCCUGUGCGAGAACGUUAUUGGGUGCAAUUCCUUCCGUCCUGGAGACAUGGUGAAAUCCAUGAAUGGCAAGACCAUUGAGGUGCAAUGCACCGACCACGAAGAUGUUCUAGUGCUCGCGGAUGCACUUCUGUACGGGCAGAACUUCUGUCCGAAGUGCAUCAUUGACAUUGGCACCUGCUCGGGAUAUAUGCGCCAAGCGUUGGAUGAGGCUGCCUGUGGAGUAUUUACCAACUCUGAGAUCCUUUGGCAGCAGAUUAAGCACGCCAGCAUGCACACUGGAGAUCGCGUGUGGCGCUUCCCCCUGUGGAACUACUACAGCAAGGCGGUGCGUGCCGGUGGACGCAGUGAUGUCCAGAACUACGGCAUCGGUCGUGGUGGUCGUCCUUGCAAAGCUGCCGCCUUCCUUCGUGAAUUUGUCCCUUGUGGCCAAUGGAUGCAUAUUGAUGCCACCAACGUGAUGAUCACACGUGGUGAUGAGUUCGAGUAUCUGCGAGAGGGCAUGGCAGGACGUCCGACAAGGACACUCAUCGAGUUUAUUGCACAGUCCAUAUGCAAGGACACAGCUCCAAAGCUUAACAAGUGAUCCUUCGAACGGUGUUUUAGUUUUAUCAGACGAUGCCACACGUUCAUCGGUAUUCUUUUAACGACUGACCAACCUAUGACUUCUUUAACGUUCUGACGUUUAUCUAAUUGGGACCACGAAAUGUUAAAAUUAAUUCGUUUAUUAAUGACAUACAAAUUAUAAGUCAUGUAAAAAAGUGAAAA